UUUGAAAAGAUGACGAAAGCGGAUUUCCGGCAUGGAUUUGUUGUUUCGUGAAUAGAUCUAAUAUACGUCUGUGGUUUCAUGUGACUGAAGUGUGCAGACGUACAAACUACUGAUUUAAAGGUCUUACAAAGCAGAAAGAAAACGUUCUGAAUUGGUGAACAAUAACAAAACAAGACUACCUUGAACAACUAGAUCAUUACUCAUGGGGGGGAGUGAUGCUGAUAGCAGGUCUAAGAGCAGACACAGAGAUGAGAGCAAAUCCAGAAGCUUGUCAUCAUCAAGUGCCAGGAAAUCCAGUCCAAGCCCUCAAAAGAGACAUGAGCGUUCCUCUGACAGAAAAAAGAGGAAAAGGAGAAGUCCCUCCAGCUCUUCUUCAUCAUCUUCCAGCUCCAGAGAAAAAAAGACCAAGAAAAAAAAGAAACGGCAAGAAGCGAAAAAACUGAAGCGUGAAAAGAAAAAGGAGAAAAAGGAAAAGAAGCGGCAAAAGAAGUUAGCUUUGAAAGCUGAAAGAGCAGCAGCAGCUUCUGUAUCAAAUGCUGCUUCUGUUGAAACAACUCAAACAUACCUGAAGACUUGGCAGAUUGAAGAAGCUAAAGAACACGGUCCCGUCAUGACUGAUGAACAGAAGGACAGUUUUUGCACCAAGAGACCAAUGACAAAGGAAGAAUAUGAGGCCAGGCAAAGCGUCAUCCGUCGGGUCCUGGACCCUGAGACUGGACGAACCAGGCUUAUUAGAGGAGAUGGGGAAGUUUUAGAAGAAAUUGUCAGCAAGGACCGGCACAAGGACAUCAACAAGAAAGCCACUAAGGGAGAUGGUGAUGCCUUCCAGAACAGAUUGGGUAUCAAUAGGUAGCAAGUCCAUGUCCGUUCAAAGCCUUCUCCUGCAUUUCUACAAGAAUUCAACCAUUUUCUUACUUUCUUUUAUAUUCUUCCCCAUUGAAUAUAUAUUACAGAACUGAAAGGUUACAGAGCUGAACAAUAUUUAGUUUUGGCAGAAAAUCCAUUGUAACAUUGCAACCAAAUGAGGCUAAUUAACCCCUUCACGUCAUCACUGUUUACUAUUUGACUUUCUUUAAAUUCAAAGCAGGAAGAGUCUUUAUCUCGUAUAUCUGUUAAUGAAGAAAGACUUUGUGAAUGGCUAAUUUAUUUGUUAAGUCUGAUAGUAUUCAUUACCACUGAAGCUCAUCAUCUCAUAUCAGCCGAUGGUAUUACAGAGGACUGCUGCAACAUUAAUAAAAUAUGUUUCUUAAACAUUA